UAUCGCUGCCUUUGACCUCUAUCGCAAUCUGUUCCGCUCGACAGACCUACGUGAUCAUCGAUAAUCAUCAGUAUACGAUAGCUCCAAACCUCAUAUAAGCCUCCCUAGCUUCUGCAUUAAGCCUAUUUGGGCCGAACCUCGAAUACAUUGCACGAUCGGGGCACCAUGUCACCUGCCCCGAUCAUUCACGAUGCUGCUACCCCGGCGACGCCGCCGCAAAAGUCCCCAAACUCUUCAGCCACUCCCGCCACUUCACCAACAGACUUCGAUGAUAUAUUUCAUGCCAAGUUCAUGAAGAUCAUCGCAGACUACAAGGAAAACCCAACACGGGGACCACUUACCUCAAAAGACAGAAAGGCAUUCAUUGAUGAAGCCUACCAAGAGACGGAUCAAAUGUUCUUUGGUGCUCGCGAGGGCUCCCUUUCUGACUACGAGAUCAAGAUGCGCGCUAUGACCAAGGUUUUCUACAAAGUGCUCGCCGAAGAGCCUUGGUCAGAGGAAUGGAUUCGACCUCACGACGUAGAGCGUAAGCUUUCUCGAUUCGAAAUGCAUAAGGACUCUGUCGAGCUUGCUGCUCAGCAUGGGCUCCGCACCCCACGUGAGGCCAUAACCGCCGCUCGCCAUAUGAAUGUAGAGCUCAGCAAGAAGGCUGCCGACAAUGAGAAGCCAGGCCCUCGUGGUCCUUUUGAUGACAUCGAGAUCAUUUAUAUCCCUGGUACAGUGUCUUCCACUGCGACAAAUAAGAUCGAUCGAGACACAAUCUACCCUGUUUCUGUAGCUUCUGUCGCCAAUAUCCUCCAAAUGCAUCUCUGCCGUGAGAUGACCAAACCAUACUCCAUGGCUCAGAAGUUUGUCACCUGUACCGACGUCGAGGAGCUCAUGCAAAUGCGCCAAUUCGCUUGUGACGUAUGCGACUACGCACCUCAUUUACUCGACAACGACAAUGUUAGCUUGCUGUUAGUGCUGUUGAUCCUCACACGUUCGGAGAUUUGUCGUCGUUUCAAUGAAAAUGGGAUCCGCAUUGAAGGUUCAACAAUCAGUCACCGGAGAGCGGAGUGCCUCAAGACGAAACUUGGAUGGAGGAACGCGGACGAGCGCAAGCCUUUUGACAACGUAGCCAUCGAAAUCCAGACCCGCAUCAGAAAUGCCUGUUUCCCUGCGCCUCGUGGUGCCCGCGGUGGACGUAACUCCAAGGGCGCCCGAAAGUCCUCAACUCCGAUAACUACUCCAAUUGCUGCAGCUCCUCCUAUGGGGUAUUUCCCUGCGCCAGUGGUGCUGCAACCGAACGGUGUGCAUCACUACCCGCACCCUGGGGCGUACAACGCCUACCAUGGUACUCCUCCCAACGUUCCAGCCAGAAGGGUUGGUGAACCGAUGGAUUUAUCUUAAUUGCAUUUUGCGACUGGCGCCCUCACCUCUUCAUUCCCUGCAUGGCUCUGGCGUUGGCAACAUCAUUUCAUCCACGUCCUCUCUUCGAGAGAUGCUGCAACAUUCUGGACUAGGAGCGCACUGAAAUGCGUGUAGCAUCUCGUUUGGUGUAUUGGUACUACCCUUGUUUUCUAUACCCUAUGAGGUUUGCCUCCGGAAAUAUUACAAUAUCUAUUUGGCGUCCACAAGAUUAUAAU